GGUGGCCUGACCCACACCAGAUCUCUCUGAAACCCAUGCUUACAGCUCCCUGUGAUAACAGUAGCUAACAUUUAUGAAGUUUGCUGUGUUACUGUGUGCCAAGCAUUGUUCAAAAUGUUUUACAUAUAUUAACUUACUUAAUCUUCACAACAACCCUGGAGGUGGGUACUAAUACUUUCUGCAUUUUACAGAUGAAAAUCUGAGACACAGAGAAGUCAAGAAAUAGGCCCAAGGUCACCAAGCUAGUACAUGGUAGAGCCAGGGUAUGACCCCAAGUUCUCAAGUCUCCUCCUUGAAGCACUCAUCACAGUUGUAAUUCAGUUAUUAUUUAUAAGAUUGCUUCCUCACUGACUGUAGGUUCCAUGAGGGCAGGGACCAACACCUGGCACACAGUAGGUACUCAGCUAAUGUUUGUCCGCAGGGAUCCUGCUGCCUCCAGUGGGCUGGGCCCAUGGAGACCCGAUGAGCUCAGGGUAGAUUAUCAGAUUAUCAGACUGCUGACUAAGACGGUAUCUGCCCCAAAGAGCCCCGGAGGCAGAGGGAAGGGCAGGGUUUCCCCCGGGCCCAGGCUCAGGCCAAAGAGGGGCCCCAAAGACUUGUUCGUUGGCUGUGCUUGUAUCUCACUGCUGUCCUUUGCUUCCAUGUGCCACUGCGGCGAUGACUCCACGGCUUCUCCCCCAAUGGCUGCGUGACCCCAUGGCUGCUUCUGGCAACGUCAUGACAACAGAGAAGAGUUUAGUGGCUGAGGCUGAAAAUCCACAGCAGCAACAACAGAAGGAAGAGGGUGAGGGAGCCACAAACUCGGGUCAACAGGAAACUCAGCUGGAAGAGGCUCCUCAAGCAGCAGCCGAGGGAGAUAAUCAGUGUGAGCAGAAGCUGAAAACAUCCAAUGGAGACACUCCAACACAUGAGGAUUUGACUAAGAACAAGGAGCGGACAUCAGAAAACAGGGGCCUGUCACGGCUGUUCUCCUCAUUUCUCAAAAGGCCUAAAUCUCAGGUCUCUGAGGAGGAAGGCAAAGAAGUAGAGUCAGCGAAAGAGAAAGGUGAAGGUCAUAAAGAGAUAGAAUUUGGAGCCAGUCUUGACGAAGAGAUCAUUUUAAAGGCCCCGAUUGCAGCUCCUGAGCCUGAGCUCAAAACAGACCCAUCCUUGGAUCUUCAUUCAUUAAGCAGUGCAGAAACACAGCCUGCUCAGGAAGAACACAGAGAAGAUCCCGAUUUUCAGACUGAGGAAGGAGGAGGACUUGAAGACUGCUCUAAAACAGAAGUAAAAGAAGAAAGUCCUGAAUCAGUAGCAGGAAGAGAAUUAAAAGCUUCCCAGAAAUCGAUCAGAAGACACAGAAACAUGCAUUGCAAGGUUUCUUUGUUGGAUGACACAGUUUAUGAAUGUGUUGUGGAGAAACAUGCUAAGGGACAAGAUUUACUUAAACGAGUAUGUGAACACCUCAAUCUUUUGGAAGAAGACUACUUUAGUCUAGCCAUUUGGGAUAAUGCAACCUCUAAGACAUGGCUGGAUUCUGCCAAAGAAAUAAAAAAGCAGGUUCGUGGUGUCCCUUGGAAUUUCACAUUUAAUGUAAAGUUUUAUCCACCUGACCCAGCACAGUUAACAGAAGAUAUAACAAGGUAUUAUUUAUGUCUUCAACUUCGGCAGGACAUAGUUGCAGGACGACUGCCCUGUUCAUUUGCAACCUUAGCAUUAUUAGGUUCUUAUACCAUCCAGUCUGAGCUGGGAGACUAUGACCCAGAACUCCAUGGUGCAGAUUAUGUUAGUGAUUUUAAACUGGCCCCAAAUCAGACCAAGGAACUUGAAGAGAAGGUCAUGGAACUGCAUAAGUCAUACAGGUCCAUGACUCCAGCUCAGGCUGACCUGGAAUUUCUUGAGAAUGCCAAAAAGUUGUCUAUGUAUGGUGUUGACCUUCAUAGAGCAAAGGACUUGGAGGGAGUGGAUAUCAUCCUAGGUGUCUGCUCUAGUGGCCUUCUGGUUUACAAAGAUAAGCUGAGAAUUAACCGCUUUCCUUGGCCCAAAGUGCUGAAGAUUUCUUACAAACGUAGCAGCUUUUUCAUUAAGAUUCGCCCUGGAGAGCAAGAACAGUAUGAAAGUACCAUCGGAUUCAAACUUCCCAGUUACCGAGCAGCUAAGAAAUUAUGGAAAGUCUGUGUAGAGCAUCACACGUUUUUCAGACUGACAUCUACAGACACCAUUCCUAAAAGCAAAUUUCUUGCCCUGGGAUCCAAAUUUCGAUACAGUGGCCGAACUCAGGCUCAGACCAGGCAAGCUAGUGCUCUGAUUGACAGGCCUGCCCCACACUUUGAGCGUACAGCAAGCAAACGGGCAUCCCGAAGCCUUGAUGGAGCAGCAGCCGUUGAUUCAGCAGACCGAAGUCCUCGGCCCACCUCUGCACCGGCCAUUGCUCAGAGUCAGGCCGCAGAAGGCAGCGUCCCAGGUGCACCUGUUAAAAAAGCAGUGGUUUCUAAAACACCGAAGGAAACAGUGCAGGUUGAAGUGAAAAAGGAAGAAGUCCCACCUGAGCAACCUGAGCCAGAGCUCACAGAAGUGUGGAAGGUGGAAAAAACCCACAUCGAGGUCACAGUACCCACCUCAAAUGGUGACCAAAUACAGAAGCUUGCAGAAAAAAAUGAAGAUCUGAUAAGAAUGAGGAAGAAAAAGAGAGAGAGACUAGAUGGUGAAAACAUUUAUAUCAGACAUAGCAAUUUAAUGUUGGAGGAUUUAGACAAAAGUCAAGAAGAGAUCAAAAAACAUCAUGCCAGCAUCAGUGAGCUGAAAAAGAACUUCAUGGAAUCUGUACCAGAACCACAGCCUAGUGAAUGGGAUAAACGCUUAUCCACUCACUCUCCCUUUCGAACACUUAACAUCAAUGGGCAGAUCCCUACAGGAGAAGGAGUGAAGAAAACCUCUGUCCUUCCCUCGGAAAGAAAGGUUGGUGGGCCAGAGACACAGGAACGUGCUCUGUUAGUGCAGGAUGAAGAGAAAAUUAAGAGGCAAGAGAGAUCUACUGAAAGCGCCUUGCCCCAGCAAGAAAAUGAAGAAAUUCUUCCCAAGCCUCCCCUGGUGAAGACUCAGACCGUCACCAUCUCAGACACUGCCAAUGCUGUGAAAAGUGAAAUUCCAACCAAAGACGUCCCUAUAGUCCACACUGAGACCAAGACCAUCACUUAUGAGGCUGCCCAGACUGACGACAGCAACGGGGACUUGGACCCAGGAGUCUUGCUGACAGCUCAGACCAUCACAUCUGAGACCACCAGCAGCACCACCACAACUCAAAUUACCAAGACUGUAAAAGGUGGGAUUUCAGAGACCCGGAUUGAAAAGCGAAUUGUGAUCACAGGAGAUGCCGAUAUUGACCAUGAUCAGGUCCUCGUACAGGCCAUCAAGGAGGCAAAGGAGCAGCACCCAGACAUGUCAGUGACCAAGGUGGUCGUCCAUCAGGAAACCGAGAUCUCUGAGGAGUGAGCUCAGGAACUGUCCUACCCUCCCCCCUCCCCCGACUCCCUGCCCAUCUCCCGUCCCAGAGAAAACCAGCAGAAUGAUAAAGAAGCUAACCUGCAAUAGUCAGACUUCAGACUUUUAAAAUGAUUGAUUCUAAACCACCAGAAAAGCAAUUUCAUUUUCUAUUUGGAGUUUAUACCAAGAAAGUCUUCUAGAUAUCACUGAUCCUUUUGAAUACAUUUUUCUAUAUUGUGAUACCAGAAAUUGUUCAACUUUUCACUCUUUGGACUGUUUUUAAAGAGCCUUUUGUUUUUUUAUGGGGUGGUUUGUAACCCCUUCAGCCCAGCCUCUCCCCAUUUAUACUGGCAGGGUCCCCAGCAUUCUUCGGGAAAUCCUCCAAUGACUCUGUCAGCUGUGCUGGGAGACAAAGCCAGCUUAAUGGGGCUUCCCUGCUCCUCCCCUAGUUUAUACCCUUUAGAUGGCAGAAGAAACUUCAUAAACCAGCCCUUUCUCAGAGCCAGUGAUGUAACUUUAUCAGAAUGUCAGGCAGGGCGGCUGCCCUGAUCCAGAGACCCCAGGAAGAUGUCCCUGUCCCUUUGCUGAGGGUGGUAUGGGGAGGCAGAGGCCUCUGCUAAGAAUGUAGUAUUGUUUUCCUUCCUCUCUCCUGUUCUUUCUUUUUGGAGCUUCUUUAGAUCAAAGACAUAAGAAGUUGCUUCAGAUAUAUCUGAUACUGUGAAUGUUUGAACAUAUCCGUGGCCUUCACCUUCCUGCCCUCCCUCCCCUUUUACCUCAUCAGAAGCAGUGGCUCUGCUAAGUGCUCCCCCCACCUCCCAUCUCAGGAGAGACCAAAACUCACAGAAAAAUAGGCACUUUGGGCCAAAAGCACUGACCGCACAUUUUUAGUGGUGAUUUGGACAAAGAAAGUUGACGAGAUUUUUUUAAAGGUUUUCUAGUUCUGGGAAUGUGCACUUCACACAGGGGAGUGGUGGAGUUUACCUCAGUUGGAUCCUGCUAAGAAGUAUUUCCAGGAGAACAUCCCUGAGCCUCUCUCUUUAAUCCUGGGGUGAGAGAGGAUGUGACUGAGAGAGGAGGCGAUCGUGGUCCAGACCGGCCCCUGCCUGCAGAGACCCUUCUGGAGCGUGGGAAUUGGCUUUUAGGGGCCACGCUCCCCACAAAACCCCACUUGACAAGGGGUACAAACACCAGCUCCACUCAUCCCCACUUGCCAUCUGAGGUCUGUCAGGUUUUGUGGCUUGAUGUUUGUGGUGGGUUUGGGUUUAAUUUUUUGUUUUUGAUUUUGAAAAUGAGGACUGAUGUCCCCAAUCCCACUAUUCCUGGUAAAGAUUAGGGGACAUUUUUAUUCAGUAGGGCCUCUCUGAUCUUCCAGCUUGCUUCCCACAAACAGAUCUACCUACAAGUUCUUAGAAUCCUGAUUCUAGGACAGAAAGUGAGCUUCCUGAGGUGGACAGUGGGUCCCAGUCAGCAGUGGCUGGGGGCUCCAGGGCGGUGAGCAGGAGAGAAGUCUACAGCCUCUGCUCCCAGCCCGCAGCACGUCUCCGGAGUCUCUGCUGGCUGACCUUUGUUUAGACAAACUCAGUUGGUUUGAACUGUUUUCACGAGUGUGCGUUUUUCUCUUAGUACUUACUUGAGACUGUUAUUAACCAACAGGUAGCUCUCUCUGGGCAGGGACAGGAAGAGCUCAGGUGGGAUAUGUGACAGGCUUCGGGGGGAAGGAGAGUGCCCUGUCUCAGGGACAGACAGCCUGGGGCAUACGGUCUGGAGCGAUGGGGCUUUUCCAGGCCGUGCCCAAGCCCGAGCUUUGUUGCCCAGAGCGGUGGUGAGGUUGGAAAUCCAGCUCACAUCAUAUAGGCAUGCGAUGUGAGCUCACUUGCCAAUGGCCAGCUGUCCUGCUGGAAGAGCUGCCGGAGCUUGCAGAGCUGCAACCUGUGGAAUGAAGAUGGGGAAAGGAAGAGGGCACAGCAUGCAUGUCAGGAACCUGGCACACUGAGUAUUCCGUGCCAUGCAGGUCAGUGUGGCCACUUUCACUGCCUAGGACCACAAAUCAGGGGCCUGAACUUCCCCUCAAUCUGUCACCAACUCACUUCACCCUGCUUCCUUGUCUAUAAGUCGGACCAGAAGAUCUCCAAUGCCCUUCUGGCGCUGAGAAGCCAUGAUUUGGACAAGCCAACACGAGGGGUGUCCUUCCAAGCCUCUUUCCUUUUCCUCCCUCUCUGGUUACAGAACUUGGAGUUUGGCAAUUGUUUGGAUCUUUUUUUUUCUUUCUGCCACUGUGUGUGUGCGUGUGUGUGAAGAAAAACAGACUGUCCAAGUGGAAAUGGUGAAGAGGGGAGAAGAGUUCAUUUCCAGUGUCAACAACUUGGCAGUUUUCCUAAAGUGACUCAGACACAGCACAGGAACAACUCUCACUGCAAUUUUAUUUUUAUCUCACUUCAGCAACAAAGAUUUCUUCCAAGCCACGUGAGGUCUCUGCCACCCACCUACCCAACCCACCCACAAAGCAGGACCUGAAUUUAUCCGCUGAGGGCCCACAGAGCCUGGCUGCAGGGACCUGUCAGGGCCUCUGCCCGCCCCCAGCCCCCCACCGUGUGUUGCGGGGCAGCUGAGGGUGAGGGAGCAACAGUCCACCUCGGGAAAUGGAGCCAGGGCUAUGGCCUGACCAACACCAAGGAAGGCUCGUGGGAAAUACCUGUCCAGGAUCUUAGCCCCAGGCUGGUUGGUUUUACAGAUCUCUCUCAAAUGUUUUAUUUUGGUGACAAAAAUGAAGGAGCUUUGUAAAUUAAAAAAAAAAAAUUAUGAAUCAUA